GUGGUGCUUCAGAGGAGUGGCAGAGACAAACAGAAGGAGGCUCAUAUAAAACAGCUCUGUGCUCUUGAUUGUGGAAGACUUACUUUAACAACACCAGAGUUACUGCUUAUUAAAAAGGGAGCAUUACAUUUAUUUACCACUGAGGUUUUGAGGGGUUUCGUGAUCAAUUGUUUUUACCUGGGGAUUUAAUGCUGGCUCCAUGAGGAAUCCACAAACCUCUAAAGAGGUCUGACACCGAGUGUGUUGAAGACGUCAGGAAUCCUUGUUUUUGAUUUCAUUCUUCUUCUUAACCCCGAGACAUGGUGCUCUGGAUCAUCCUUCCCAUCUCACUAACACUGGUGUCCUUCAUUGGAACAUGGAGCACAUAUGGCAUGGCCAACUCCAACAAUCAUGUGUGUUCGCUCAGUGAUUGGAGUGGUAAAAAUUUCUGUCGAGGGAAUGAGACCACAGGAUGCUGCUUUGUUCCUACAAUAAGUGGAAGUGGUACCUUUGCUCCCGAAAGCUCGCUGUUUACAGCAACAAUGAACGCAGGAACCUUUCUAUUUGUGCUGUUCACCGUAUUCCAUCAUGCCCACAUCAUGGAGAGACACAUGUGCCAUUCCAUGCUGAGCAAAAUGGCGCUAGCCUUUGGACUGGUGGCAGCUGCCGGGGCCUUUGCUGCUGGAAACUGCAACCCAGGUGAUGUAACUCUCCUGCACUACCUUGGAGCUGCUGUCAGCUUCACGUGUGCCUGCUUCUACACCAUCCUGCUCUGCGCCCUGACGGCCAAGUGUGUUCUGACCGGGUUCGAGAGGUUCCUCUUCCCUCUGCGCGUCUGCCUCGCAGUGGUUCAGAUCACUGUGACCGUCUGCUAUACCAUUUUUUUCGUCCAGAAAGAGUACUUUUACAACGUCCUGUCUGCAGUUUUCGAGUGGACCCUAAGUGUCAACCUGCAGAUGUUUGAGCUCACCUACACAGUGGAGUUUUUCUUCUUCUCGUCCUUCAUGGUUUCAAACCUGCUGAGCAAACGCGAGGAGGAAAAGCCCUUGAUAUUGCCCAUGUCCUGAUAUAUGGCGGCCAGGUUUCGGCAGGAAAGCACAAACAGCAGUGAAGGACUGCGUAGGACAUCAGUAACCACUGUGGCUGGAGCCUGGCUGAAGGUUCAAUAGCGUUUUAUAUUAUUUUUUCGUUUCAGUCUUACAUGGCUUGGAUUGCGUUUACUUCUGUUUCAUCAUCUCAACUGUUACCUGAAAAAAGUUUCCUUGAAUCUCUAUAUCUUAGGUAAUGUAUUUAUUAAAACUCUCCCACUUUAAUAGCAACAGAACAAAUCACAUACCUGGAUGGCAUAGUGCCUGUCAAAAUCAUUCACUCUCUUCUCACUUUUUGUUACAUUAACCAUUUUGUGGGAUCUGAAACACGCAGUGUGGAAAAAGUAUUCAGAAGCACUGAGCCAGCACUUUGUAGAACAAUCUUUCACUGCAUUUAGAGCGCCGGUGGUAAAUCUCUAUGGGGUUUCCACGUCAACAAAUUAAAAUGUCUACCCAUUCGUUGGUGCAAUAUUGCUCGAGCUCAGUCAGAUUGAAUUGAUAAGAAAUUUAAAAUCUUGCCACAGAUUGUUCUUUGAUUGCAAGUCUUGAUUUGGAGUGGACCGGUCAGACCUUUAACUAAGCGUUGAUCAAACCAUUCCACUGUGGCUGUGUGACUGAUUAAUGCUCUCCUUGUCCAGCUCACCAGUUUAGAUGGAUUGGCAUAUUUUUGUGAAUUUAAAGUUGUGCAAUAUCCUCACCACUUUUCUCCCUGAUCUGUCUGCCGUGUUGCUUGGUCUUCACCGACGCUCUCUGACAAACCUCGAAAGCUUUCGCAGAGCAGGUUCUCGUUAUACUGAGAAUGACUUUCACACAGAUGGACUCUAUUUACUAAUUGGGAGACGUUCAGAGGUAAUUGCUUGCUCUGGAUUUUAUGUAGGGAAUAAAAGUGAGAAUGCCUGAACACAAAUGUCACACUUUGCCACAAAUUUGCAAGCCUUGUGUCAAUUUCCUUCUACUUCUCAAUUAUGUAGUACUUUCUGUUGGUCUAUCACAUAAAACCCUAAUAAAACGCAUUAAAAUUUGUGGUUGUACCGUAGCAAAAUGUGAACAGGGUUGUGAAUAAUUUUUCACAGCUGUGUAAACUGUACUCACCAGAAAUAAUUUACCCAAGUCAUCUGGCUUUGAUGAAACGGUUUAAGCCUGUGUGUGUGUUUUUUAGUGCAAUAACCUUUAGAAUGUGGACAGAGUGUACCAACAAACACAUUUUCUCUAGUAGCUUGGUACAGGCAUGACAUUUAGGCACUUUAAUAGAGUUAAGAAGUCAUUACAUGUGUUAUGCUGAUAGACAGGACAGACUGCACUGCUCUUGGAUCGAAGGGUGGCGUUCCUGUAACUACCAAAGAUCCUGUUUGACUAGACAAUUAAAACUGAGUGACGUUUUUGAACAAAGAGUUAUGCAGUUCAUUCUCACUGAAAACACACAGACGUCAUCACAUCCUUUACAGAAGGUGUUGUCUGUGUCCUUUCCAUUACAUUGCGUGAUUAUAUCUGGUCAGGCGUUCCAAGAGUUUACCGACUAGGGUAAAUACUGUGGUGAAGUCCUCCUUGCUUUUCUCACUAGUUUAAAGGAAACCAGAAGUAAUCUUGGAAAUGCUAAAUUAUCGUUCCCAUAUACUUUUUUUUUUUUUUUUUUUUUACAAAUAAAAUUAGUUUAAGAUCUCUGAAGGUGUUUGUGAUUGAAUUCCUAAACACAUGGGUGACUGUCUUCUGCCCAAAACCAUGAACAAUUUAAAAUUCUCACAUGUAGCAUUUGCUUAGCUUUAACCCAUAAUAACCAGGUCCUCAGCUACUCUUUGUUUGAUCUUUUUCAACAUUAGGUUCCUCAGUUUUGCUGAAAACAUCAGGUCAUGAACUAACAUGAGAGCUUGUAGGAAGCGUCAAAAUUCUUUAAUAGUUGUCUUCACACAGAGCUGUGAUGACUAAAUAUUUUGCCCAACAAUCCUCUUAAGGCUGCAAUCAUCCCUGUUGCUGGUUCACCUUUUCAUACAUUUUUUUCUUCCAGGCAACGCUCUAUAAAUAUGUAAGGAUAUAGCACUCUGAACAACCAGCUCCUUAAGCAAGACCCUUUUGUUUAAUGUCCUUGUGGAGGGUGUGAAUGACUGUCUUCUGGACACCCGUAAAGUCACCUGUCUUCCCCAUGACUGUGUAGGCCAUAAUGUGGACAUUACAUAGUAUUCAUGCAUUAAAAAUCUGCUUCUUUAAAGAUG